UCCAAAUCCGUCUUGCGGUGUGCACCCGGGAACGCGGGGAAGGGACCACCAAAGCUUUGAUCGCCAGAACCUGCUGGACCAGGACCACCCAUGGGCGGCGGUCCUCGGUGCGCUGCAGGAGUAUGUCAGCGUACGCUCGCAACGAGGGUAACAUUCCCGCGUGCAGGCCUUCACUCACCACCAUUGGGAUCCGACGUUGCCGGCCGUUCAGCCGUGGGUGGCCGACCACCUCGACCAUGCGGGGGAUAGCCACGGCCGCCAGGGCCUGGAGGACCACCCGGACCUGGGGCGUAACCGCCACCGCGAGACAGGUACGGGCCCCCUCGACUAGCGUCGCCAGGCGGAGGCCUCAUGGGUCCCCCUCUUCCGCCCGGCAUCGGGGGGCCUCCCCUCCCUGUCCCGUAAUAAUCCUGCUGGUAGUCUUGAUUCGGGGGUCCUCCUCGGCCGUAGGUCCUGUCAUCAAACUGACCGCCGUACCCUUGAUCGCGACCCUGGUCAUAUCCAUUCCCGUAGUCAUUAUAACCGUAGCCAUGUCCGUCGUUGUACUGAUCGUAUUGCUGCUGCUGCUGCUGCUGGGGCGGCGGCGCAUGGUACUGUUGUGGUCCGCCCGGCCCAGGUGGGUAAUGUCGCUGAGGGGGAGGUCGUUGGGAUCCGGGUCCUCCACCAUAAGGACGUCCGCCAGCGCCCCCAUCGAAUUGACCGUUGUAUGCCAUUAUGCCAAUCCACCGAUGAUCUGCUGCUGCGGGGUCUGAUGCUGCCUGCUCUCAGAAACGCGUGCUGGUUCGGCCAGUGAGUGUAGGGAGUUCUAGAUGAGUCGCAUGGCAACCGCGCCUCGGGACGGAUAUUGGGAGUCUUGUCUUGUGUCGCGGGUUCCAGGGCUCAUGUGAUCUGGCCCUUGUUCUGGCAAGGCAAGCGAUGCGCAGCGC